UCUCUCUUGGCUUCUCCAGUGUAGGUGUGUUAUCCAAGCAACGUUUGCUAUUGAACCAAUUUUCAUUCAUAUAUUUCAUGCCGUUACUUUGUUUUCACUCAUUGUCAUUAGAAAAUAUUGGAACCUAAUUUCGAAUCCCUACGUUCCGAUUUAAUUAUUGGUGAUGAUAGUGUUGUGAUCUCUUAAUCUUUGCUAUUGUUUCUCUGGUUCAACUCGGGCUUCACGUUUACCUUGACGGAUAACUUCAUAUUGUGGACCACUUAUUGAAUCAUAACCUCUUUAUUGUAAAUGAAGCUUUUUUAACAUUAUGAUGAUCAAGAUCUUUACAAAAUGGUAUUUUCAAGAAGUGCACUUUUAAAAGUUGCCAUGUGCUUGAGUGGCAGUUCCUACCAUGUUUGUCAGAGGUAGGAUAUGUUUUUUACAGCAUGGAUACAGGAGACAGUGUGCGAUCAUCAGACAGUAUUUGUGGAUCUCUGAUUGGAAAUGGCCUAACUUCUGAUGUUCUUCGAGCCAGAGCAAAGCAGUAUUACAACAACUGCCAUCCUCAUGUACCACGACCAUCUUUCAAAAGCAAUGCCAUUCAUAAAUGUGGUAGUAUGACUCAAAUCAAUGGCUAUGUGAAUGGAGCAAAGACACCAGUGAAACAUGAACAGAAUCCUCGCCAUCCGGUGACCCCACCCAAUUGCCCGCCACCAAUACGAUAUCAAAAUGAGCGUCCACAUCGUUCUAACAGUGAAAGAUCCAAUAAAUCUCCUGGCGAAAAUUUAAAUUACAUUGUGGGAAAUAAUGGUAUAUUGCCUGCUAAGAUUGGUCUUUAUAGAAGCAAUAGUAGCUUGGACUUGGAGCAUACCUCUGAGAUGCUCGAAGAAAGGUCAGGUAUUUUGAGACGGGAUUAUGGAAGUGCUUCGUCUCUUGACUUGAUCAGUGCGACUGGUGAGAGCUUUUUUGCCAUGUUGCGGGAAUUUCGACGUGAAAAUUUUGAUCAGAGGAGUCCAGGUCCACCCAAAAUUCAGGAAUUUUUAAAAGGGAAAAUCGAUCCUACUCCGUCCACUCAGAAUGCAGCAAAUGCAUUAGCCAAUGGACCCGAGUCAUUUGAAGAGUCCAAUAGUCCUAAAAUUAAAAACAAAUUUUAUAAGUUAUGGGAUAUUAAAGACAAAACUAAAGCUAAGAACAAAUUGUUGAGUAGUGAGCCUUCCAUUUUUAAGAAACUGCGUGGCAGCAAGACUGAUAUGUCUGACUGUACAGGCAAGGGAUCUGAUAACUCCCUAGAUACAGAAGCUAGAAUAGAAGAUAAAUUACGUAGGAAAGCAUUUGCACAUUAUGAUUGUGAGAGCCUUGUUGCUAAUUUAAGUUAUGCUUCUAGACUUAGAAGCUUGCUGAGCCGUCGGCGAAACACUACAACUGGUGCUUCUGCUGCUUCAAUGCAAAAUCGUUCUCAUGCUAACAAUCUUGAAAACAUGAAUCCUGAAGAUUCUGAUCCUGGUGAUGGACAAAGUAGUGAAUUGUUGUUAAGUUGCCCAUUUUUUAGGAAUGAGCUUGGUGGUGAAGAAGAGAGAGUGAUAAGUUUAAAUAGGACAACAUGCAAAAAGCAGAAAGUUCCUGAUGAUGCUUUUGGUGUUUCUCCUACAGUUCACAAGCCAAAUCUGGCUUAUGGAGUAUCAGUUUUAGAAAAAAGUUCUGGUUCCAGAUGGAGUCAGAGAUUUUGCCCAUAUCAGAGACAUCCUCUCCAAAUGGAAAAAACUGGUGCCGGUGCUUUGUAUUACAGAUUGUUUUUCUAUGGACAAGAACAUCAAAAUUGGUUUGGGAAUGAUGAAAAUCUAGGACCAGUUGCAAUCAGUAUUAAAAGAGAGAAACUGGAACAUGUUGACAAUAGUGCUAAGAAUAGCAAUGGAACUGUUACUCACAUUCAGUAUCGAUUGAUCAUUCGAACAAGUGAGUUAUCAGUUAUGCGUGGCACUGUUUUGGAAGAUGCUGUACCUACCAUUGCUCGAUCAAGCCAACCAAGAACGAGUCAUGUCAAAGAAGUUAUUGGGUAUAUUGCUCCAGAGCUACAUUUGCCUUGUUUGCGACUUGCAAAUCUCAGUUCACAAACUGAAGAGCAUUUACUCAGGCUUGAUGAACAAGGACUGACAAAAACUUUCAAAGUUGGUGUGAUGUAUUGUAAAGCUGGACAAGGGACUGAAGAAGAAAUGUAUAACAAUGAAUUUGCCGGUCCUGCUUUUGAAGAAUUUUUAGAUAUGCUAGGUCAGCGUAUACGGCUGAAGGGUUUCGAAAAAUAUCGAGGUGGUCUUGAUACGAAAACUGACACCACAGGUUUGUACUCUGUGUUCACUACCCAUCAAGAUUGCGAGGUCAUGUUUCAUGUAUCUACUCUCUUACCAUAUACUCCAAAUAACAAGCAGCAACUUUUAAGGAAGAGGCAUAUUGGAAAUGACAUUGUCACUAUAGUCUUCCAGGAACCAGAUGCUCUACCAUUUACACCAAAAAAUAUUCGAUCCCAAUUUCAACAUGUUUUUGUUGUUGUUCGUGUUGUUAAUCCAUGUACAGAUAAUGCUUGCUACAGGGUUGCUGUUAGCCGUUCCAAAGAGGUUGCUGCAUUUGGCCCUCCAAUUCCAGCAGGUGCUCUAUUUCCCAAAUCAAAGAAGUUUGCUGAUUUUUUGUUAGCAAAAGUUAUAAAUGCUGAAAAUGCAGCUCAUCGUUCAGAUAAAUUUGUAACAAUGGCUCAAAGAACACGCCAAGAAUAUUUAAAAGACCUUGCUACAAAUUAUUGUACAAAUACAACUAUUGAUUCAGGACCCAAAUUUUCUAUUCUCUCAUUUGGUGGCCGAAAGAAAGAGAGAAGUCGACCAAGAUUCAUUCCAGACAACUAUGUUUUGGGUGCAAUAUCUUGGCAAGUUCAGGUUGAAGACUUUGGUAGAUCAACCUUAGUGGAUUCUUUACUUGCUGUUUCUGUUGAUACCUUAGUUGUGAUGGAUGAAACUACUCAGGAAAUUAUAUUUGUUUGUCCAUGUGCUUCCAUUUUAGGUUGGUCUUCUCAAACAACUAGCCUGAAACUAUUUUAUCACCAAGGUGAAUGCCUGGUUAUUCGUUCCAAAGAUCCAGAUGUAGAUGAGAUUCAAGAAAUUGUUAGUAGGCUCCAGGCUGUUACAGAAGGAGCUGAAACCCAGGAAUUGAUAUUGAGGAGAAAUAGUCUAGGACAGCUGGGAUUUCAUGUGCAAUUCGAAGGUGUGAUAACAGAAGUGGAAAAUUAUGGCUUUGCUUGGCAAGCUGGUCUGCGUCAAGGAAGCCGUUUGGUUGAAAUUUGUAAGGUUGCUGUGGCAACAUUAUCUUAUGAUCAAAUGGUUGACCUUCUUAAAACUUCCAUGACUGUAUCAGUAACAGUUAUUCCUCCUCUCACUAGUGGUACUUCUCGAAAGGGUUGCAACUUGCAUAACUGUGCUUAUCUUUCAAGUGGCAGCAUUGGAGAUUAUGAAAAUAUUGGUAUUUGUGAUCAUGGGGAAAGUCAUCAUAAGACAACACCUCGGCAGCAAUCUGCAUUUCAUUCACAACGAAUAAGCUCUAAAAGGGAAGACAGGCAUUCAAAUCCACAAAAUUCAAACAGAAGUCCUUCUAUGGACCGCAUCUUACCAAAAUCUGAUGUACGAAACAUUUUUUCCGAAUCUCGGAGAGACCACAUACAACAUCAUUCCAUUCUUUCUUUACGUAACAUUCAAGAUUCAUCGCAGAAUGUACUUCCUUCAAGACUUGCUGCCUAUUCUGGUGUAAGCAAUUUGCAAUCUAUUGAGCAUGAAAGCAAUCCAAAGUCUGGUACUUCAUUUCCUACUCCAAGAUCAUCUCCUGUCUAUCUAUCUUCAAACUCUCAUGACCAUGGUUUACCUGCCUAUGGAAAUAUUCAGAGCCAUCUCCAUCGUAGUUUUCAUGAUCGUAAUCGCAGUGGCAUCAGUCAGCGUCUUACUCAUAUUGGUGGCAUGGUGUCAGCCCGAAGUGAGUUAUCCUUGACAGACAUUAACCCUUUCCAUAUGAGAACACAUUCUUACCAAAAGGGACCAUUGUGUCAACAUUCAUCUAAGAGUCAAUCACCAUCAGAAAAUUUCACUCCACUUCAGUCACAUCAAAAUCCAUCCUCUCAUUCUCCGUCUUUCAAAAAUAACAAUGCUUUUGUUAAGAGAUCGCCUCCUAGUGUUAAUUCUGAUUAUCAUUCUGAUAGUUCAAGUGAUUGGCAUCAAGGAGCAAGCAGUGCUGAUGAAUUGUGCGACUUAAAAAUAAAUGCUAGUCCACAUCGGUUUAUCCAAGAUUCGAAAUCUGUUCCAUCUGUCAAUCCGUCCAAAAAAAUUUCUGAAUCAACACAAUCAAAACUAAGCAGGCUAAGACCAGGUGUGACCAACUGCAGUACCCGUCCAACCAAACCAACAGUUAAUUUUGUUGCAAUUGCCAGUAGUGGAAGUAGUUGCAGUGGCAGUACAAGUACAUUGCAGGAAGAUUUGCUUAAGUUGAUAAAUCCAGAAUAUCUAGACAGUGACAGUAAUAGUGAGGAUCCACCUUCAUCUCAUUUGGAUUCUGAUGCUGGGUCAAGAACACAUCUGUCUACUCCUUCAUCUUCAUUAGAACGAAGUACAGGCAACACUCCUGAUCCAGCUUUAGAUGUGAUUCUCACCAAAGCUCAGCCUGCUCAUGUUAUUGCUUCUGAACCAUCAUCUCCUGCUGCAUCUGACUUGCGUUUUGAAAGGCUUUCACCUCGUGUAUUACCUGUUCAAAAUAAAUUCAAACCAUUACCUCCACCGCCCUCAUCACCAUCUUUAAUUUCUUUGUCUGACAACCGCGAUAUUGACUGGACUGGCCUUGUAUCUUCAGCUACAAAAGGAAUUGAAGCCCUUCCAAUUGGUUCUGCAUCUUGGUUGGAAGAAGCUGAAAAGCAGCUGUGCCUUGAAAGCAAUACUUUAGGAGCUGCCAUUCCAAAUGUGAAAGAGUUGGAAUCAAGACUAUUGAAAAUGCAGCAAGAUUUACUAAAGGAACAACACCAAAAGGCAAAUUUAGAAAAUGAAGUCCUUCAGUUAAGAGAAGAAAACCAAAGGCUUCAAGCAGCAUCACAAACUGCAGCUGUUCAAAUUCAAAAAUACAAAGAUUGGUACAGUUUACAAAAGGCAGCGCAUUCUCAAGAAUAAAUAGUUCUUCAAAUGUUUUAGUAUCAUUAUCCUAAUUUUAUAUGUCAUUUUUUUUUAAUAAUGAGCAGAAUAUGAAAACAUUGCUUGACAAAAAUUAAGUUUUGAAAUUCCUGAUAUAUAUUUAUUUGCUUGGUACUAAAAUUUAUUGCCACUGUUCUAUAACUGUGCAUUUGAAUCAUAUUUUAGAAAUUUAUAUCCUUGCCUGUUGAACCUAUUUGUUUGUAUAUAUGUGCUAAGAUGAAUUUGUUUUUAUUGAUCAAGCUUUGCACUUGGUAAUUUAUUUACAAUUUUUUAUUAUAGCAUGAAUAUAAUUGGGAGUAGUUGCGUUUUUAUGUAUUCUAUAUGAUGUUGGAGAGAACAAAAAUAUAUAUGAUGAAAAUAAAGAAAAAUGACAAAUUUAUAUAUGCAUCUUAAAAUGUUUGGUAUCUUGUGCUGAAUUGUAUUAACAAAAAUAAAUUGUCAUGCAAUUCCUUAUUUGAUAUAAAAUUGAAUUUUAUUUUCUAUUAAAAAUUAAUUCAAAUUUCUUUUUUCAUUAUAAGUUUUGGGAUCAGUUUUUUAUAUUUGCUUUAAAAAUUCAUCAAUUAAUCAUCCUAAGACUUUUUCAAUAUACAGUAAUUUCUUGAUUAUCGAUGGUCGAAAUCUUGUUUAAAAGACCUCAGUUACAAAUGAAAAAUAUAUAUAAACAGUUACAAAUAAUAUAUUUAUAAUAAAAAAAAAUUUCAGCGCAGAAAUCUACUGUUCAUUAAGUCAUAACUUUAUAUGUAAGGCCCUUACUAUAAACGAAAUUCUUCAGUUUUCAUUUUACUUUGUUCCUUUUUUUUUUUUUUUUGAUUAUCCAUUGUUACUAUGCCAUUCAUUCCCAGGAUAAGUAGGAAUUUACUGCAUUUCAUUUUUCAUCAUUACAAUGGCUAAUCAACCAAAUUCAUUUUUUAUUGCUUUCACUUGAUCAAAUUUAGCAUGAAAUAAAAUUUUUUGAAAUUAACAUAUCCUUUCUACAAAAGUACUGUUCGUAAAUUAGUUUUGGUAUUUGAUUGAUUAAUUAUAUGCAUAAAAGUCUUGUGCAUAUUUUAUGUUCUGUUUCAAAAUAUUUAAUUCCAUGACAUUGAUUAUAUCAGUCUUUUUAAUGAAUGCAUAGUAUUUAUAUCAUGCCUGAAUGUUGGAAGAAUGAUUUGUUUAUUGAUCGGCUUAUUUUGAAUAGAACAUUAUCAAUGAUUCUAUCGGGGUUAAAACAGACUUAUGCAAAUUUUUUCUUAUGGAGGAAAGUGUGAGAUUUAGAAAGUACUUUACUGACAGAAAAUAUUUUACUGUUUUGGAGGUAAAGAAAUUCCAGAUUUUUAACGCUGCUUGGUUGUGAAUGUUUUAUCUUUGAAACAAUUUUUCUAUGAAUGAAUAAAUAAAAUAUAUAAAUUUAUAUUGUUUCAUGAAAAAGAAAUCAAAAUAUACACUAUAGUUGAAAUAAUUUUUUUAUAAAUAUAUACUUUUUAAAUGUGUAUUAUUGCUGAUUUUUUGUAAAUUUGUGUAUUUUUUUGGCCAAUUAAGUAAUAAUGCAUUGCAUUACAAGACUUGUACCUGCCAUUUUGGUUCAUUAAGAAGUGCAUUUUAUUUAUUUACCAUUUUGUAUCAGCUUGAAUCAUUGUAGUAAUAAUGUCUUGUAGAUAUUUUUUUUAUAUAUAUAUAUUUGAAAUGUGCAUUUAUCAGUAUGAAAACAGCUUUUGUAUUUGAGAUGUUAUGUUACCUAGUCACUGGAGUCAAUUAUUUUGUAAAUAUUUUUUUUACUAAUGUAAAUAA